AUGGCCUCGGAUAACGGUCCCAUUGCGACCGAAGCCCCUCUUCUGGCAGCGACGACGCCGGUCGCAUCAGACACUUUCGCGCUUGGGGGAGAUUCUGCUCGCACCAAGUCGCUCAAGAGGGCGCGCGAGUCUACUCCUACUUCGCCCACGUCUGGUGUCGACCCUCCCGCCGAAGGCGCCGUUCCCCCUGUCGCCCCUUCCAUCGACUAUCCCUCUCCCACGAAGUCCGCUCGCUUUGCCUUGGCAUCAUCCCGAAGCUCACCGACACCAUUGACAGCCGCCGCCGCCCUCGAAGCUCUCGAAGAGGAACGCAAACGCGAACAGCGCCUCAACCCGCCCGCCUCAAGUGACAACCCAGUUCAUUCCGUGCUCUCCGUGCUUGCCGGUAGUGUCGCCGCCAUGAGCCGACCCGACGAAGCACCGCAAGCUCCUACGGCUGCCAUGGAGGUCACCAGCAAGGCGCCCGAACCUGUAUCAAUUCCACAGGUUAGCAAUGCGCCCGCAGAAGCCGUAGAGAUAAGUCCGCAAAGCGCAGCGAGCGCAGCUAGCAUUGCAGGCGCUUUGGUGACGGCCAGUCCAGGCCCGAUGGAAGUCGAUCCCAAGAUGAGCGAACAAUCUCAACAGCCACAGCAUCAGCCCCAACCGCCGCACCCGGCCCCGGUUCACGAUGAAAAGAAUACGCCCGGAUCACUUUCAUAUCCGGGUUCGCUCCAAGCCGCCGCCAUGAUGCCCGCACCACCGGCGCGCGGCAUGAGUUUCCCCAUGCCGUCGCCUGGACACGACUCUCCGACUCAAUCCGGCAAGAAGCACAAGUGCCCGUUUUGCGACACGGAGUUCACACGUCAUCACAACCUCAAGAGCCACCUGCUCACGCAUAGCCAGGAGAAGCCGUACAUAUGUCAGGAGUGUAACAUGCGCUUCCGACGCCUCCACGAUUUGAAGCGUCAUAGCAAAUUGCACACAGGCGAGAAACCCCACAUAUGCCCCAAAUGUGAUCGGAAGUUUGCCCGAGGCGACGCGCUGGCUCGGCACAGCAAAGGCGCCGGUGGCUGUGCCGGCCGCCGGUCCAGUAUGGGCAGCUUCGACCAGACUGACGACUUGGAUGACCCAAGUAUGCAUGAUGGCGAUGAUUCAAUGGCCGGCAUAGUGUAUGCCAACGAAGAAGACUUGACGGAAGAGGAGAGGCGCCUGAGUUUACCGAGCAUCAAAGCGCAGCAUAUUGCAGGUGGACCGGGCAGCAUCGAUGGAUAUAACGCUCAUUCGCGUACCUAUCCGCCAGCAGGUCCACGACCCGGCACUGGCGGGCUCUACCCGCCCAAUGUUGACCGCGGCACAGCAAGUUCAACCACGUCUCCAAGCAUGCCCAAUAGCAUCGCUGGUGCUCAUACACCGAAUACGAGCGUGUCUUCCGUGCCCGUAAGCGGCGCUUCUGUCUAUUCACAAAGUGGCAUGACAGAAAGUCCGAAACCAUUGAGCCCUGGGCACGACACAAACAACAUUGCUAGACAACGUUCGCCAAGUCUGACUCAGCAGUUUCAACAGCAGCAAUUUGGCCGCAGGCCUUCUGACAGGAACACUUCGCCAGCGUUUGCUGCUCCUGGAUCACAGACCGGCGCGGCGCCGACAGGAGCCGCUCAUGCCCGUGGUUCCAGCGGGACGCAGCCUGGAAGUGGGGCCGAGAAUGGCGGCAACAUGUUCGCCACGGACCCGGGCGUCUGGGCGUACAUCCAAAGCCUUGAGGACAAGGUCAAGCAGCUAUCAGACAAGGUCACAGCUUUUGAGAAGGCAGAAAGCGCGAAGCAGGCGCAAAUCGGACUACUGACGAGCGAAGUCACUGGGCUCAAGAAACAAUUGGAAGCCCGCGGUGACGAAGCAACGGAGGUCAAAGCAUAA